CUGCCGACUGCCUAAAUCUGUGUAUUUAAAUUAACAACCUCAGAAAUCGGAAUCCAGAUUACUUAUUACUGAAUCAUGUGAAUAAUAAAGGAAAAUUCACGCAAUCAAAAAGUGUGUCCAUAUUGUGUAUUGCGUUUUGCUCAAUUGUUAAUAUCAAAAAUGUCUAAUUCUCGUGGAAAUAGAAGUUGGUAUAGUACUGGUGCCAGAAGUUUUCAAGGCAAUAGAGGGCGAAAUACAAGAAGUCGACCACCUGGUUUGAAAGGCAAAGAAAUUGGUCUCUAUUAUAAAAACCUAUAUAAAAAAAAUAAAAAAACGGACACAGUGAUUAAUCUCACAAUUCCGUCGGCUAUCAUAUCUGCUAUAAAUAAAAACUUAAUGUUCAUAGAAACUGUUGCUAAAACUGAAAAUAUAGAAUUGUCUUUCACAAAUAUAUUUGAAUCUCUUAUAAAACCAAAAACUGACUUAAUUAAGAGAAAAGAAAGUCCUCAUCCCGAAGAAUAUGAUGUUGCUGAUAAGAGAUACAAAGAAGGUACUAAUAUUUCCCUUAAAAACGAUUUGGUACCUAAUUUCGAGACUGAUACAUAUUUGAAUGAGAAUGAAAAGAUCUUACUUAAUAUAAAAGAUGAGACCCAUAUUGAGGUUAGGGAUGAACCCAGUUCAUUAAGUACACUGAAUGAUAUACCUAUUAAAACUGAACCGAGUUCAGUAAGUAUGCCAGAUUACAUACCUUUUAAAAAUGAAAAUAUAAUGAAUGAUUGCGUAAACUCUGAAAGGAUACUAGGUUUAAGAGAAAGACAUUAUAAAUAUGGGUAUCAAGAUAUAAUUACUGGAACAUUUGAUGAGAAAUUAACAGAACUUUUAACACAAGGUAUUCAAAUAACUUCUAACAAUAAUGGUGUUAGAAAAUUAAACCAUGAUUACUACAAGGAGUACAAUGAAAUGGUAGGAAAGUUGUCUUAUAAUAAAAUGUUAGAAUUUCGUGAAACCUUACCUGCUUAUAAGAAAAAAGAAGAUAUAUUAGACAAUAUUGAUAAAAGUCAAGUACUAGUGAUAAGUGGUGAAACUGGCUGUGGAAAAUCUACACAGAUUCCUCAACUUAUUUUAGACAGAGCUAUGAAUAAUAAUACAGGGGCUAAUGUAAGAAUACUUGUCACUCAGCCAAGAAGAAUUGCAGCAUCUUCAUUAGCUAUGAGAGUUGCUAACGAAAGAGCUGAAAUGCUUGGAAAUUCUGUAGGAUAUAGUGUCCGAUUAGAAAAGGUAGAAUCAAGAACUCGUGGUAGUAUUAUGUUCUGCACUACUGGAGUGCUAUUAACUGAACUUGAGGUUGAUCAAGCAUUGACAAAAUUUAGUCAUAUAAUACUGGAUGAGGUUCAUGAACGGGAUACUCAUGUAGAUUUGGCUAUGGCUAUGCUGAAACAGAUACUAAAAAAACGAAAAGAUCUAAAACUCAUACUUAUGAGUGCUACGUUAGAUGCAGAAGUAUUGUCAGCGUAUUUUGACGAUUGUCCCGUAGUGUGCAUAGAAGGGCUUGCUUAUCCCGUCACAGAUGUUUAUCUAGAAGAUAUCCUGAAGCUAACUAACUACCAGAUACAGAAGGAAAAGGUAAAGAAAAAUGAAAAGCAAAAGUGGAAAAAAUAUGAAAGGAAGGGUAAAAGUGAGGCGAAUGAAAUGCAAAAGGAUAUUCAAUAUAAGGCUGAAAUUGGACCAUGGCUGGAAUCAAUAAAAAACAAUAUACCACGUGAUGUAUACAAAACACUCCAAGACCCAGAAAUAGAGGAAUUCAAUGUAGACUUAAUAGUUGAACUCCUAAAAUACAUAUGCAAGGGAGAGCCUGGAGCAAUUCUUGUGUUCCUACCUGGGAUUGGGGAAAUAACUAAAGUAAUGCGAUGUAUGGAAUUACAUGGGUUUUUGAACGAAAAACACGAAAUUUAUCCCUUACAUUCAAAAUUGGCGACUCUAGAACAGCGUAAGAUAUUUAUGAGACCGCCGUUAGGCGUUCGUAAAAUAAUAUUGGCCACGAACAUCGCUGAAACGUCGAUAACAAUUGAUGAUAUAGUGUAUGUUGUCGAUUCUGGGAGGAUUAAAGUUAGCGGGUUGAAUGUUGAAGAGAAUAUUUCUACGUUGAAAACUGAAUGGGUGUCUAAAGCUAAUUUACAUCAGAGACGUGGUCGGGCAGGUCGUUGUCAACCUGGCAUUUGCUAUUACCUAUUAACGUCAUACCGUGCGGGAACACUUGCUGAUCGGCUUUUACCAGAGUUACAAAGGAGUAAUUUAUUAGAACCGGUGUUGAUGGUGAAGAAAUUGAGACUCGGUUUAGCCAAUACGGCGUUUCAGAUGGUCCCAUCACCGCCCGCUGAGAAAACAGUGGAAUGGGCUGUGAGGCACUUGCAGAAAUGUGGUGCCCUGUACAAAACGGAGACCUUGACACCAUUGGGAUGGCAUUUAGCAAGACUCCCAGUUCAUCCCGCAGCAGGAAAAUUAUUAUUGUUGGGAGCUCUUUUUGGAUGCUUGGAUAGAGCAGCGAGUGUUGCAGCAGUAUGGAGUUUCAAAGAUCCAUUUCUACUUGUUAUUGGCAAAGAAUCCGAAAUUAAGGAUGUAAAGCGGAGGCUGGCGAUGGGUGAACCGAGUGACCACGUAGCGAUGUCUGAAGCGAUUAUGCAAUGGGAAAGUUGUUCAUACAGAGACCGUCGUUCGUUCGCCUACGAUAAUUUCCUUUCAAACAACACGUUGGAACUUCUAGUCGACAUGAAGAAACAGUUGGGUGAAAAUCUCACACAAAUGGGAUUUCUUUCAAGUAGUAAUCUCCAGGCUCAAUGGGAGAACAGGAAUUGGAAUAAUAUUAGCCUUUUCAAAGCAAUUGUGGCUGCAUCGUUGUACCCUAAUGUAGCUCGAGUGCGUUGGUGCAAUUUAAAAAGCUACAAAAAACCAAAAUCCAUUCUCGCAUAUUGCCCUGAAGAUGGCAAAGUCAAGGUCCAUCCAAGUAGUGUUAUGGCUUUUUCACAUGGUAUGAACAAGCGCGAAGAAAUUUGCACUAACUCCGGGGCUAAUUGGUUGGUCUAUUGGCUAAAGCAAAAAUCGUCUGACCUCUUCCUUAUUGAUGUCAACCUGGUAUAUACACUGCCGCUGUUAUUCUUUGGAGAAUAUAGUGUUAAAGAAGAUCUUGAAAAUCCGGACGAUUGCUUAAUGUCUAUAACCAAAAAUAUAAACGUACGAUGCAACAAAAAUUCGGCAAACACAAUACUGAAGUUGAGAAUUCUACUCGACCAAGUACUGGCGAACAAAGUUAUGGAAACAUGCCCACAUUCUGUGAAACAGAGCCAAUUCGAAGACGAGGUUUUAAAAACCGUGAUUGAACUUAUUACAGCGGAAGAUGAACAAGCUGAUUACAUCGAUGAUGAUGUAUCAGUAGCAUCAGACGAUAACUGGCAUUAAUUUAUUUAUAUUAAAACUUUUUAGCGAUAAUUACAAUACAAACGAUCGUCUAGUCAUAAGAAUUAGGAUUGAUGUCGUCAACUGCUAUCAUAAAUAAAUAAAAUAAAAUACAUAUAAUCGAG